AUGUUAACUCAAUUAUUCAUCUAUUUACAUCUCAUUUUUAUCAUUCUAUUAGCUGAAAAAUCAUUGGUCCUCUUUGGUCGUCAAGUAUUUCUAAAAGGUGAUAUAAUACUUGGAGGUCUAUUCCCUGUUCAUGAAGCAGGCCUCAAUGGUUCUGAGUGUGGAGUUCUGAAAGCAGCUCAAGGUGUACAACGUCUCCAAGCAAUGCUCUAUGCACUAGAUUUAGUUAAUAACGAUGAGACAAUUUUACCGGGCAUUUCGCUCGGUGCACAAAUUCUUGAUACAUGCUCAGUUGAUUCGUAUGCAUUAGAACAAACAUUGGUAUUCAUCAAAACGAUAAUGUCGCAAGCGGAAGAGAUUUACUGUUCCGAUGGUUCCAAACCCAUCUAUCAACAUCAUCCAGUUGCGGCUGUCAUUGGUGCUGCCAGUAGUCAAGUUUCUGUUAUGGUGGCAUCUAUGCUGCAGCUAUUUAAAGUUUCGGCACUAGGUUGGAGUUAUGUGCAUGCGAUCGCUGUAACUGGGGCUUACGGAGAACGAGGGAUCGAUUCUUUUCGUGCUGCAGCUGCUGAACUUGGUGUAUGUAUUGAUGGUGAUGUCCAUAAAGUUAAUCGACGAUGGACAGAUAUUCAAUUCAAAGAGCUCUUCUUCAAAAUGAAAUAUACAAAAAAAGCACGAGGUGUUGUAAUGUUCGUUGAUGAGGAUCAACUAAGGCGAAUGCUCUCAAAUUUGGAUGAAAUCAGACGCGAGGAUUCGACGUUUGAUAAUUACUUCUGGUGGAUUGCCAGUGAUUCUUGGGGGAUUAAACAAUCUGUCAUAACUGGUUAUGAAGCAAUGACCAGCGGAGCAGUAACAAUCUCACCUGUUCUUAAAGUUGUACCAGAUUUUGAUAGAUAUUUCGAAAAGUUAUGGCCAUCAAAUACGUUUCUUCGUGAAUACUGGGAGUUGAUUAAUUGCACCGAUGAACACACUAAUUUUGGAGAAUGUUUUGAUAAGAAUGGUAUUAUCUUCAAACAAGAAGCUUAUGUACCAUUUGUUAUCGAUGCGGUAAACGUUGUCGCUAGAGCGCUUCAUCAAUACAUACAGAUUUUUAUGAUUAAAAUCAGUACAGCUGGUGUUCCACCACAUAUUGACGCAAACGGUGAUGGAAUUGGCAAUUAUAAUAUUUAUCAAUUAAAUGAUGCGGGCUAUUAUCAGAAUGUUGGCAAAUGGACUGCUGGGAAAAAACUCGACCUAAAUGUUCGUCGUGUCAGGAAAGGUUUGAAAAGGUGGGAUGGUUUAUUACCGUUAUCAGUAUGUAGCGUAAAUUGUCCACGAGGACAUUAUCGUGCCUAUCAGGAUCAAAAUUGUUGUUGGACUUGCAUACCAUGUGAUGUAUCAACAUCUGUUAUCAUCAAUGAAACAAGUUGUACCCAAUGUCCGUUAGGUUACGCACCUAAUGAGGAUUUGAUUGCAUGCAAAUUAAUACCGCCGACAUCGUUGGAAUAUAAUAGCCCAUGGGUAGUCCUACCGGCCAUAUGUUCUACACUUGGCAUAGCCGCAACACUUUUCGUAGUUGCAGUAUUUAUUCGAUAUAGCGGGACACCUGUUAUAAUGGCAUCUGGCCGUGAACUAUGCUACUUCAUGUUGACUGGAAUUUUAUUGUGUUAUUUAGUAACUUUCAUUCUUGUCUCUAAGCCAAAUGUGGCAAUAUGUGCAGCAUCACGGAUCCUUAUUGGCUUAUCAAUGUCUACAAUUUAUGCUGCCAUUUUAACCAAAACAAAUCUUCUAGCCAGAAUAUUUUUAAUGCAAAGUGCAGGACGUCUUGAUUGCAUUGUACCCAGUGCACAGAUAGCAAUAUGUUUCGGUAUUGUAUCGAUACAGUUGAUCGGUUCUUUAGUAUGGUUGAUUAUUGACCCACCCGGUAUCACUGUAUUAUUCCCGUCACGGAAAGAAACGGUUUUAACCUGUAAAGCUAGAGCUUCUCAUUUACUGAUCUCAUUACUGUACAAUAUGUUUUUGAUCAUUGCUUGUACAUUGUAUGCCUUCAAAACACGGAAAAUUCCGGAAAAUUUCAACGAAACACGAUUAAUUGGCUUCACAAUGUACAGUACGAGCAUUCUAUGGCUUUCCUUUGGACCAAUUUACUUCGCAACACAGAAUAAUUUGAAGGUAACGGAUUUAAUAAUAAUUAUUUUUGAAGGAAGCAAUGAUUAA